AUGCCUCUGUCCCCGUCAGUCGAAACCCUCCUCAGUAGAGUCUGGGACUCCAUCACCUUCAACCGUUUCUUAACCGGCGUGGGCAUUUUCUUCCUCUUCUUAAACGCAAAGGGUCUCCCCGGUGUCUGGCACUACCGCCUCUUCAAAGGCCUCUUCAUCGAACUAGUAUGGAAGCGCUCAACAACCCCAGCGCCCUUGCUCGACAGCCGGGGCCGUCCGCGCCUCUACAGUUACUUUGUGACUGAGUGCAGCAACCCGGUCAUCGAGUGCGACUACAACCUCCACAAGUCCAACAGCACUUUUUUCUCCGAUCUGGAUAUUAAUCGCACGCAGUUGAUGAUGGUGCAUUUUAAGCAUGUUCUUUCGACUGCGUCGAUGCCGGGGAAGACCAAGACAGCUAACGGCAGCGGAAACGGGCAGGCAAGGAAAAAACCGCUCAUGAUGGCAAUGGGCGGCGUUUCUUGCUUGUUUCAUCGCGAGAUCAAACCGCUUCAGCGGUAUGAAAUCUGGAGUCGCGUGCUGGCGUGGGAUGAGAAGUGGGUUUAUGUGGUUAGUUAUUUUGUGAAGAAGGGGGCAUUGAGCAAGGAUGGAAACUUCGGGGGGGGUCUUGAUCUCGAUCCCAAGGUGAACUCAAAGGUUGUAUUGGCCUCUUGUAUGGCAAGGUAUGUGUUUAAGGAGGGGAGAAUUACUGUGAAGCCCGAGCGGGUUUUGCAGGAGUGUGGCUUGUUGCCACUGCCACAGGACGAGGAGGUAGUAGAAGAGAAGGCAGAAAAGGCGUCUGUUGGCAGCAACUGGGGCAAAGAGCAAUUUGAGGAAGCAAGACAGAAGGGUUUGGUGACUGCAGGCAAGUUUUCCGGGUUGGAGGUGCUGCCUUUGAUGACAGGGUUUGGGGAGUCAGGGGUGCUUGGGAGGUAUGGUGAUCUUUGA